AUGGCUGCUGAAGCGUCUACCACCAUCAAUGGUGGUGCCUCUAAGUCUCUUGCCGCCAUGUUGGAGGAACAGCAUGCUGAGAACCAUCACGCCACCGUUGAGGAAACCGUUGAUGAGGAGGAUCUCAAGCACAUCGCCCCAUCUUCUAUCGUGAACGAUCAACCUCUGGCUCCUGUCCUUACUGCGGUGUCUGAAUCCACCACACCGGCGGAGUCGACCACCCCACCCCCCGUUUCUAAGCCUGUGGUGAAGAAGGCCCCCGCGUUUGACGUUCAGUCAGAUGAGCUCUUCCCAGCUCUGGGAAGUGGUCCCAAGCCUGCUGCACCUGCUGCAGCCACGUGGGGUGCAAAGAAGCCCUCCGCAGCUGCGGCUGUUGCCCAUGGUCAACCCGCGAAGUCAAUGGGUAAGUUAACAUUCUAA